AUGGUGUGUGCAUUGAGAUUAAAGAGAGAAAGUGAAGCAGAAAAGAGAAACAUAGCUAUGUCAAUGUUGUUGGUACUCUUCUUCCUUUCCUUCUUCUCAACCUCUCAUGCAAUCUGGCUCACCUUGCCUUCGUCGGGUACCAAGUGCGUUUCUGAAGAAAUCCAAAACCACGUCGUCGUUUUGGCUGAUUACGUUGUCAUCUCCGGCGGGACUGAUUACACCCACACCUCCACCAUUUCCGUCAAGGUGACAUCACCAUAUGGAAAGAAUCUUCAUUUUAGGGAGAACAUAACAAUUGGUAAUUUCGCAUUUACUUCCCAAGAGAGUGGGACCUACCUAGCAUGCUUCUGGGUGAGUCAUAAUCAUGGAGGUGGAGACGUUAAUGUGAACCUUGAUUGGAAAACUGGAAUUGCAGCCAAGGAUUGGGAUUCAGUUGCUAGAAAAGAGCAGAUUGAGGGAGUAGAGCUUGAGUUGAGAAAACUAGAAGGAGCAGUGGAGGCUAUCCACGAGAAUUUGAUCUAUCUGAAGGGCAGGGAAGCAGAGAUGAGGACGGUGAGUGAAACAACAAAUGGCAGAGUGGCAUGGUUUAGUAUUAUGUCAUUGGGGAUAUGCAUUGCAGUUUCAGCUUUGCAGUUGUGGCAUUUGAAGCGAUACUUCCAGAAAAAGAAGCUUAUUUAG